AUGGGCCUUGAAAUCAACGUGGAUAAAACAAAAAUUAUGUUAUUUAAAGAAAAAGACGAACCCAUGAUGACUCACAUUCGUCAAAAACGUGUAAUUAGGCUAGAUAAGGAUGGACGUGACGACGGUCGGCAAAUAUCGCUUGAAAACGCUCCCUACAUUGUUAAUAUUCAAAAAAAUAAUAUUACUGCCUGCGCUGGUACUAUAUUAUCCGCCGUAUUUGUCUUAGUUCUUCGUUCUUGUGUUUACUCAUUUCCAUUGUAUUCGGGAAGAUACAGUGCGUACACCAUUUUAUCUGGUUCAGCGUCAAGAGACAGCGGAAGUCCUCAUACUAUUAGAAGACGUAUUAAAGUCGAACCCAAUAAACAACUAGCCUUGAUUGAAAUUUCUCCACAUUUCAACUUUGAGGAAUGCCCUAAUAGGGCAAUUAGUCUCUUUCUUGGAGAUCUUCCCCAAUUCCCUGGUACUGCGUUUGGUAUUUUUAGUGGUUGGGGAUGCACUCGGUCUGGAUCUUCAUCACACAGACGUGUAUAUCCUGCGGAAUUAAUGCAGGUCCGUCUACCGAUAAUUCCAUUAGCAGAGUGUAUGCGUAUUUACUGGGGACGCAUAAGAAUUACAGAUGAAAAUAUUUGUACUCUGGAUGAAACUAAAAGAAGAGGUACUUGUUAUAAUGAUGAAGGAGGCCCCCUAGCGGUCAUGUUUCCUCCACUAGAGGAGCCUCGCUUGCUUGGAGUAUCGCAUUUUAGAGGAAAAAAACUGGGACAUGAUCCCGAUGUUUUCAUUAAUCUUAAUCACGAGGAGAUCAAUCAUUGA